CAUUCAGCUCAUCCACUAUCUCUCCCGACUCUCCUUUCUACGACACUCCACCUCCAACUCCCCCUCCACCCUUCUCAGCGCUCCGCGCACACGUCCUCCACCACGACUACCUUCGUCGGCGUCCAGCGAUCCCUCGGUCCCAGUCGAGCCUGGCAGAAGCCGAACCCCCUUCUCCCGUCGCGCGACCCAUCGCCGCAACCACCGCGCUACAGCGACGUCCCAUCCCAGCAGUACGACAUGGCGGACGAGAAAAAGCGGGACUUCACAAUAGAGCUGGGCGACCGCCAGCCAAAUGGCCAUUUCGAGGCUGCUCCGAGGCCAGUUGUGCCUAAGAUGGCUGCGCCCGCGGCCAUAGUCAACAACCCGCUCUUCUCCAUUCUGGCAUACUGCGGGAGCAGUAUUCUCAUGACGGUGUCCAAUAAAUACUGCGUCAAUGGCACAGGGUGGAAUUUGAGCUUCUUCUUGCUGGCCGUGCAGGCCAUUGUGUGUAUUCUCGCCAUCUCCACUGGCAAGGCCAUGGGAUUCAUCACAUAUCGAGGCUUCAACGUGGACGAGGCACGAAAAUGGUUCCCUGUAUCGCUCCUCCUGAUCGGCAUGAUCUACACCUCCAUCAAGGCCUUGCAGUUCCUGAGCAUUCCAGUCUACACCAUCUUCAAAAACUUGACAAUCAUUCUCAUUGCAUAUGGCGAGGUGCUAUGGUUUGGAGGCUCCGUCACCGGCAUGGCUCUCUUGAGUUUCGGUCUCAUGGUCCUGAGCAGUAUCAUUGCAGCAUGGGCGGACAUCACCCACGCACUUUCGUCAUAUGGAGGAACUGCGGUGACAGGCGAGGCCGCUGAGAAGAUCGCUACUUUGAACGCGGGAUACAUUUGGAUGGCCCUGAACUGCGUCUGCUCUGCCGGCUACGUGCUGGGCAUGAGGAAGCGCAUUAAGUUGACUAACUUCAAGGACUUUGACACCAUGUACUACAACAACCUGCUCACGAUCCCUAUCCUCCUCAUCGCUUCGCUUCUCCUCGAGGACUGGUCCGCUGCCAACCUGGCCGUCAACUUCCCACCAGGACGACAGCAGCUCAUGAUCGCCGCAAUGAUCUUCACCGGCCUCAGCAGCAUCUUCAUCUCCUACACUAGCGCCUGGUGUGUCCGUGUGACAUCGUCGACCACUUACUCCAUGGUCGGCGCUCUCAACAAGCUCCCCAUCGCCAUUUCCGGCCUCGUCUUUUUCGAUGCCCCAGUUACAAUGGCCAGCGUUUCGGCCAUCUUCGUCGGUUUCGUCUCUGGUCUUGUUUUCGCACUUUCCAAAGUCUGGUCGAGCAAGAGCAAGGACAACGUCCUUCCCACAACAAGCGCGAGUGCGCAGAGCUUGAAGGACUCGCUAAAGUCAUGAUCGAGAGUACGCAAAGAAAGAUGACCAGAGGAGUAAAAUGAUUGAUUUUGAAUGGGGCGGGCAGGCGAAUAAGAUACCACAGCAGUCAGCGGCAUUUGGGGUGCUGAGGUCGGGAUGUAUGUACGUGGUCUGGCGUUGUUCUUAAUAUUUUGAUUGGGAAAUGCCCUGUGUAGAAAAAUUGUCACCUCGAGGGAGGAAGGCUUGCAUUUGGGGGUUUUGUUUCUUUUUUCGCAUCGUUGUCUCAAUGGGAACCAGACUCUCGGGAGCAGGAAUUUCACAAUUGGGAAGUUAUAUAUUCGAGGUUAGAUGGGAGAGUCCUGGCUCUCGGAUCGUUCGUCGACAAAACCGCAGAUUUGUGCAGCAUCAGCAGCAGAUUAGGGACUCCUCUAAUGAAGGACACGGUACGUUGCUGUCUUUUCUUCGUUCUCGCAUUCUGGGGAAUUCACCUGGCUGGUCUCUUUCUGAGUCGAUCUCAGUUCGAACAAAGUACUCCCUUCGCGGGGCAUCGGCCUUGAAGACAAUUUCACGAACUUUGGUAUCCCGCUUGCUUUACACAAGCACGACCGCACUGGCCAAAUGCAAAGGCGUUUUCAAGCUCUAUGCCGUAAAUCCGUGGAGCCUCAACGAGGUAGCGAAGAGAUAGACGGUUACUGGGCCUUGCGAGGAAGCAACAUGAUGCGGUAGCAGUGCUUGGUAGACCGGUCUUUUACCACCCGACGUCGAUACAGCAUGCAGUCGUUGUUGGCGUUUUGCGGAGGCCACCCGAAGCAUUCGGGGAUUUCCUCCUCCGAACACAUCCUGGCCGCUUCGCAGGCUCUCGCAGACCGCUACUGCUUUCGUGAGCUGUCACGCAGCAUUGCAAGAUCCUCGCC